AUGGACGACCUCGACGCCCUGCUGGCGGACCUGGAGUCCACAACCUCCCACAUCUCCAAGCGGCCCGUUUUCUUGUCCGAGGAGACCCCCUACUCCUACCCAACUGGGAACCACACGUACCAGGAGAUCGCCGUGCCGCCCCCCGUUCCACCGCCCCCAUCCAGUGAGGCCCUCAACGGCACGGUCCUCGACCCCUUAGACCCCUGGCCACCCAGCACCUCCCGAUUCACCCACCAGCAGCCUCAGUCCUCAUCCCCCGUUUACGGCUCCCGUGCCAAGACUUCCAGUGCCUCCAGCCCCCAGGACGGUGGCGGGCCCCCGUGUCCCCGAGCCGGCGAGGAAGACCACGUGUACAGCUUCCCCAAUAAGCAGAAGUCAGCCGAGCCUUCGCCCACCGUCAUGAGCUCCUCCUUGGGCAGCAACCUCUCCGAGCUCGACCGCCUGCUGCUAGAGCUGAACGCCGUGCAGCAUAACCCCCCAGGCUUCCCCGCAGAUGAGGCCAAUUCCAGCCCGCCGCUGCCGGGGGCUCUGAGCAGCCACUACGGUGUCCCGGAGAAUAGCAGCCCGCUGGGGGGUAAAGCCGGACCACUGACCAAAGAGAAGCCCAAGCGGAACGGCGGCCGGGGCCUGGAGGACUUGCGGCCCAGCGUGGAGAACCUCUUGGAUGAGCUGGAGAGCUCUGUGCCCAGCCCCGUCCCUGCCAUCACUGUGAACCAGGGCGAGAUGAGCAGUCCCCAGCGAGUCACCUCCAGCCAGCAGCAGACGCGCAUCUCGGCCUCCUCCGCCACCAGGGAGUUGGAUGAGCUGAUGGCCUCGCUGUCGGAUUUUAAGUUCAUGGCCCAGGGGAAGACGGGGAGCAGCUCUCCCCCAGGCGGCCCCCCGAAGCCCGGGAGUCAGCUGGACAGCAUGCUGGGGAGUCUGCAGUCUGACCUGAACAAACUGGGGGUCGCUACGGUCGCCAAGGGAGUCUGUGGGGCCUGCAAAAAGCCGAUCGCGGGGCAGGUGGUGACGGCCAUGGGGAGGACCUGGCACCCGGAGCACUUCGUCUGCACCCACUGCCAGGAGGAGAUUGGCUCCCGGAACUUCUUCGAGCGGGAUGGACAGCCCUACUGUGAAAAGGACUAUCACAACCUCUUCUCUCCGCGCUGCUACUACUGCAACGGGCCCAUUCUGGAUAAAGUGGUGACGGCCCUCGACCGGACGUGGCACCCGGAGCACUUCUUCUGUGCCCAGUGUGGCGCCUUCUUCGGGCCUGAAGGGUUCCACGAGAAGGACGGCAAGGCCUACUGCCGGAAGGAUUACUUCGACAUGUUCGCGCCCAAGUGCGGCGGCUGCGCCCGGGCCAUCCUGGAGAACUACAUCUCGGCCCUCAACACCCUCUGGCAUCCUGAGUGCUUCGUGUGUCGGGAGUGCUUCACGCCGUUUGUCCACGGCAGCUUCUUCGAGCACGAGGGGCAGCCCUACUGCGAGGCGCACUACCACGAGCGGCGGGGCUCCCUGUGCUCGGGCUGCCAGAAGCCCAUCACGGGCCGCUGCAUCACUGCCAUGGCCAAGAAGUUCCACCCAGAGCACUUCGUCUGCGCCUUCUGCCUCAAGCAGCUCAACAAGGGCACGUUCAAGGAGCAGAACGACAAGCCUUACUGCCAGAACUGCUUCCUCAAGCUCUUCUGCUAG